AUGCAGAAGAACUUGCUCGAGAUCUUACUGUUCCACACCCUCACUGAUUCAUCAUUUUUAUCACCACAAAGACUCAUAGUGAUGAACAGAAUCAUAUCAUCACAUAGAUCAGACUUGAUCGAACACAAACUCUCUCAACGCACUUCAUUUUUCGGCAUCAAGCUCUGGAUCCUAAUCACAGCUUCCGCCUCCAUAGCUUUCCUCAUCGCUCUGAUCAUUUUUGUCUUCCUCUGUUUCAUCCUUCACAGGAGAAGAUGUAGACAAGAACCAUUCAGACUAAGAUCGAAGCUUUGUCUGCCUUUGUCACACAACAUUCCCUUAAACGACAGAAGACAGAAUCCGUACAACCGUUGCAUUGAAGAUGUAGAGAGCCAAAGAAUCUCUCAGUUUGGUUGGUGCUCUGCUCAUCUUCCCUACUACACCAGCAGCUUCUCAUCUACCGGAGGAUUUGGAAGCUUCGCCGUGUUUACAUUCAUGGAGAUUCAGCGAGUGACAGAAAAUUUCGCAGAUGAGAAUCUGAUUGCUAAAGGAGAUUCAUCAAUGGUGUAUCGCGGAAUCUUGAUGGGUACAGUUUCUGUUGCUGUCAAACGGUUCUUCCCCAUCCAUCAAAGGUACGAAGAUGCAGAUUUUAUAACAAGAGCCGAGAUGAUUGCAAACGUAAGACACAAGAAUGUGGUGAGACUCCUCGGAUACUGCAUUGAAGGAUACGAGAGGGUUCUUGUGUACGAAUACGCAGAGAAAGGCGAUUUGAACGAAUGGCUUCAUGGAUCUGAAAGGAGAAAUCAGAGUCUGACCUGGAGAAAGAGGAUGAAAAUCAUUCAAGGAGUAGCCAAAGGACUUGCGUAUUUUCAUGAAGACAUAGAACCAAGGAUUACUCAUCAAUACAUAAGACCAAGCAAGAUCCUUCUUGAUUAUCAAUGGAACCCUAAGAUAAUACUAACUAUCCCAAGUCACAGUGAGAUUCCAAUAAACUCAGCUUUUGUUCCAUCAUCUGGUAAUCUAGAUGAGAAAAUCGACAUUCAUUGCUUCGGUACUUUGAUCAUGGAGCUUGUCUCCGGGAGAGUCACUGUAGACCAAAUUUCACCACAUGUUUAUCUAGUGGACUGGAUCAAAGAGAUGGUGGUGAAUCAUAUGAUAGUAGAUGUUCUUGAUCCUACCCUCCCUGAGUUUCCUACAAUAAAGGAACUCAAACGGAUUGUGUUGAUUGCCUUGCGCUGUGUGGAUCCUGAGGUAGAGCAGAGACCUAAAAUGGGAGAUGUGAUUCACAUGCUCCAGCCACAUGAUUUGCUACUGAGUAGUAAUGCAAUACAUAAGCCUCAGAAGAUUACACGAUCACACGAGGUUUCUACAAACAGUAUCAGAACAUAA